ACUGACGUCAGAUGCAUUGGUCACGUGACCAACGUGUAACUUAUUUUGACGUGUCACAGAGCAUGUAACCAGGAAGAGCCUGCUAAAUUCUCACCAUGCUAACAGGAGAUACUAAUGAUGAAGACGUGUCUUUGUUUGAUGCCGAGGAAGAUGCAGGGAAAAGGUCAAAGAAGAACAUCAAGCAUCCAGUGGCGUCCUUCUUCCACCUCUUCUUCAGAGUCGGCGCUACGCUCGUCUACCUACUCUGUGAGUUUGUCAGCGGCAGUUUCAUCGCCUCCAUGGUUACCAUCAUCUUGCUACUCUCGUGUGACUUCUGGACUGUAAAGAACAUCACAGGCAGGUUGAUGGUGGGUCUGCGGUGGUGGAACCAGGUGGACGACGAUGGACAAAGCCGUUGGGUGUUUGAGUCGCGGAAGGGUACUGGGAAGCAACAAGCAUCGGAUUCAGAGUCCCGAAUCUUCUGGCUCGGACUGAUCAUUUGCCCGAUCAUCUGGGGCAUCUUCGCCUUUAGCACACUCGUCUCAUUUCGGAUUAAAUGGAUGCCUGUGGUGAUCAUGGGAUUGGUGUUGCAAGGAGCCAAUCUCUAUGGUUACAUACGGUGUAAAGUGGGAGGAAAGACCAGCUUAAAGAACAUGGCCACUAAUUAUUUUGGCCAGCAGUUCCUGAAGCAGGCGCUGUCUAAAGAAGAGGAAUCAUAGUUUUACAAUCUGCAUCCUUCCCAGUUAUUGUAAAAGUGGAGUGCAGGAAAGACUUUCCACACCAAGUGAAUAUUGUACUUUUUAUUUUUAGGUUAAUUGAUUCAUCAGAGAGACAUUUUAUGCAAAGGCCACAGGUUUGGUUGCUGUUUUUCAGUAGCUGACCUUAAGCAAUAAAAAGUCUUCACUAACAUCUCAGCCAUGAGUGAU